ACCGGAAGUAUAACGCUUCCUGUUUGCUGUUGCAAAUCUAGCCUGUCACUGAACCGAUGACAAAACAAAAUGGAUUAUUACAAUUUAAUGAGACUAUUUGCAUUUAUUCAUUUGCUUGUUUCCAUACCACAUGGAUACAGUAAUUAUGUUGAGACCAAAGCUGGACAGUUUUUCAGCAGUGGCCACACCAACAACUGGGCAGUCCUGGUCUGCACGUCUAGAUUCUGGUUUAAUUAUCGGCAUGUGGCGAACACGCUGUCGGUAUACAGAAGUGUAAAGAGACUGGGCAUUCCAGACAGUCACAUUGUGCUGAUGCUAGCCGAUGAUAUGGCCUGUAACUAUAGAAACCCCAAACCAGCCACUGUGUUCAGUCAUAAGAAUAUGGAGCUGAAUGUGUAUGGAGAUGACGUGGAGGUGGAUUACCGCGGAUAUGAGGUCACAGUUGAGAAUUUUCUGCGAGUCCUGACAGGGCGUCUCCCCCCCAGCACCCCUCGAUCCAAACGUCUGCUUUCCGACGACCGCAGCAACAUUCUCAUCUACCUGACAGGUCACGGUGGAAACGGCUUCCUGAAGUUCCAGGACUCUGAAGAGAUCAGCAACAUGGAGCUGGCUGAUGCUUUUGAGCAGAUGUGGCAAAAGAGAAGGUACAACGAGUUGUUGUUCAUCAUAGACACGUGCCAGGGGGCCUCCAUGUAUGAGAGGUUUUACUCGCCCAACCUCAUGGCCCUGGCCAGCAGUCAAGUGGGAGAGGACUCGCUCUCACAUCAGCCAGACUUGGCAAUAGGGGUCCAUUUGAUGGACAAGUACACCUUCUACUUACUGGAGUUCCUGGAGGAAGUCCACCCCGCUAGCCAAGCCAACAUGAACGAUCUGUUUAAGGUGUGCCCGCAGAGUCAGUGUGUGUCCACUCCGGGUCACCGAACUGACCUGUUCCAGAGGGAUCCGGGGAGCGUCCUCAUCACUGACUUUUUCGGAAGUGUCCGCAAAGUGGAGAUCACCAAGGACACUAUCAAUCUGACAUCCCCUGUAGAGCCGCCAAUACAGAGGUCUGGAAGCGGCGAUAUACAAAUCGAAUCGUUGACAUAUGUGGACCAACUCCCAGUGGCUGAAAUUAUUCAUCAGAAACCCAAGCAGAAAGACUGGCACCCUCCUGAUGGCUUCAUUCUGGGGCUCUGGACUCUUAUCUUGCUGGUGUUCUUCCAGACCUAUGGCAUCAAACAUCUCAAACACAUCUUCUGAUUCAUCCCUCCCAGCACCGCAGAGGUCAAAGAACCCAUCGCUCGUGUCUUCUCUUCCAUAAAAGAGUCCACCCUAACUUUGUUCAUGAUUGAUUUGGUCAGGAAUAGGUUUUUAUUUCUUUUUUUGAUGCAAGUUUGUUUUCUUUGGGUUUUGCUGUGUAUAAUUUUUUGAAAGUGACAUGCACUGACUUCUUACAUUCAAACAUUCUUUGUUGUUUGUUGCUCAGUAAUGAUAGCAUUUGAAUUUCACACAGGGACUUUCUUUUGAACUAAACACACACAGACAGCUUGCAGGGAGAAGCAUACUUCUUGUUUGUUGGUUUGUUUGUUUGUUUGUUCUUUAAAUUACAGUUAUACUUUCAUUUCUUCAGCCCAGAGCAAAGUUAAAUUAUGUUCUAUCAUUUAUAAAGGCACACGUGGAAUUGUAACGUGUAAUAAUGAGAGCAUGCACUCCUCCCAGGUUUCUUCAUUUGUUCUGUUUUUUUUUUUUUUUUUUACAGAUAAUCUAAAUCUGUAUAUGCAAUUGCUGAUCUGUUGUUUCAAUUGCACUUUAUACUUUGCAUUUUUAUUAUUUAAUGAUUAUUUGAAGUGGAAAAGGACACUACUUUUCUGGGUAGCACAAAUAAUGUGAAUGAGAAAAAUAAUUUUUGCAUAAAGAAAAUAAAGCCUAUUUUAGGAUCAUUACGUU